CUGUUUGCAUAGCGAGGUUGACCCUUUGUUUCAAAAAUAGGGAUUCUCAACUUCGACUCCCUUCGCAGGUUAUUAAGAUAAUACAUUUACAUAAUGUCCUCCAACUCAUACUUCACAAUGGAAACAGAACCCGUCCUUUCUGUUCAAAUUACACCCAAAAUAGAACCUCCCUCUCCCCCACCAGAAUCGGAAGAUAGCAGAUCACAGUUCUCAACUAAGGCUCCAUCAAGUGAAGAGAUUGAAAAUGCAUUCCAUUGCCUUGUGUCUAAGACUGAUGUUACUCCAAGUGAUGCAGUAGAGGGAAGUUUAAAAGUUGUCACUAGAUACAUGUGUCGAUAUUGUGCUCGGCAGUUUGAUUCACCUGAAGAUAUGAAGCAGCAUAUUGCAUGUCAUUCCAAGCCAGGGAGAGUCUCAAACCACUCUUGUUUUGUUUGUGGGAAGACAUACUCGACCCCAUCAAAACUUCAGAGGCAUGUGCGAGUCCAUAGUGGAGAGCGCCCUUAUCCCUGCCAUGUUUGUGGACGAAGGUUUACAAGAUCAGACCACGUCAAACAACACUUAAAAACACACUUGCCACAAAGGGAGAAAAAUACCUGCCGCAUUUGCAGCAUGAAGUUUAAUACCCGUCAAGCGCUUUUUAGUCAUCUUCAAGUAUCUCACAGUAUAAGUCAGAUUUUUACCUGUGACAAGUGUGGAGAAGCGUUUGAUGAUGCUGACAAGCUCCAGUCUCACAAGACAAGCCAUGAGGCACUCGGCCAACCAACUGUGACAGAGUCAGCUGACAUUGAAGGUGCAAUGCUGAUUCAACAAAGCAAUCCUAAGAAGGUUGUUGACAGUGAGAACUUAAUGGUAAUCGGUUUGGCUAAAUUUAGUGUUUCAACAACCAUAAUAAGGGACAUGGAUGAAGACAUGGAUGAUGAAUCAAAUGAUGGAAAAAGCAGCUCUUUGGCAAGAGCAAGUCGAAAGCUGGAUUACACCAAUGGAAAUGAAGAGGAUACUGCAGAUAAAAUAUUAAAUGAUGCAGACACUAUUGAUACUGAUGGUACAAUGUACAUAUCCCCAGAACUAAUGGAAAAAUUCAUUAAGAGUGAACCAAUGGAUGAUUAUGAGGAAAGCAGUGCACAAGAAAAUUUAGAUGGAUUUAAGAAUUCUGGAAUUUCUGUGCACUCCUCUGAUUCAAAGUUUGUUAAAGAUAUGUGGCAAAAUGACACAGAAUCUGAAGAAGUGGACAAGAAACCUACUGUUGAUGAAAGUGAAACAGCUAUACACUUCAGCACAGGCACAAAGAGCAUAGGGAAUGGAAGAAAGGUAACAGAAAUUAUGGUCUAUCCUAAAACAGGGGCAAAAGUGACCAGUUAUACUGAGCCAAUCACUUCCCAGACUUUGGCAGAACCCAGCAAGAUUAAGCUAGGCCCUGCUAGUUACAAGGCUGCUGUGAGAAAGAAGAUCCAGAUGAAUUACCCUUAUCCAAGAAACACAUUCAAAAGUCUUGUGAAAACUCUAGGCAUUAACAGCAAUGCUGUUGCAGUGGACAAAAUUAAGACCACUGAGAUCAAACAAGCAGAAUCUCCAGCAACAACACCAGCUACGGCCGAAAAGAAGAUGUGGAAAUGUGAACAUUGUAGUAUUCACUUUGAGGACUACUCCAUGAGCCUGCUACACAGCUCUUUACAUGAUGCAGAUGAAGAAGACCCAUUUACUUGCAGAAAAUGUCUAAAGAAGUUAGGAAAUCGCCUAGAGUUUACAGCUCAUUUAGUAUGGCACUUGGAACCCAUGAUGGAUGGUUGAUUUUUCCCCCCUUUUAUGGCUUGUUGUCUGUUUUUAAAUUUUUUUUAAUAUACAUGAACUAUAUGGUUAAUUAUACAUAGAAAAAAUUGAACUGAAAAUUGAAUUUGUAUUUAGCAUAAUGUUUGAAAAUUUUUCAGACUUACGGAUUUAAUCUUCUCUAACAAUAUAUCUCUUUUGAGAAAUGUAAAAGGAACAUUAUUCAUCAGAUAUCUGUCUUCAGAAAAAACAGUGGUGGAUAAGAGAAUCUGAAUGUGCUGGUUUCCUCCAGAAACUUUUGAUGAUUUGUUGCUUUUUUCUUAUACACCGUUUACACAUGUUCUUCUGUCACUGGUAAAUUUAUGCUUUUUUGUUGUAAUGUUGUCACUUUAUAUCAUUUCACUACUAGGGCAAUAGUGAUUGUGAUUUCAAUUAUUUAUUGAAAUAUUAAAUUUGAUUGAAUCAAUUUAGAGUAACACUGACCAUAAAUUUUCUUAUUUUAUAUGGACAGUUUUGUCCUUCAAAUUUUUUUUUUUUUGAUAAUGCUCUAUGGGGCUACUUUAUGGCAAAUAGGAUAAUGGUCCUUUUUCGAUGUGUUGGUUAUUGCUAAAAUGAUGGGGUUUAUUUAGCAAGUUGUUUACAUACAUGUUUUUUGCAUUUUUGUCAGGGCAGUCAUGUUUAAAUAUUAAUGUCUCUGUAUGACAUGUAUUAUUAAAAGUCUUGUUAAUGAAAAUGAAAAUUCGAAUUUGGUAAAAACAACAUAGUAAUUACUUUUAAAAAAAUAAAUAACGGAAACAAUUUCCAGAACCAUUGAAUUUGUGCACAAAUAUAUUUGAGAGCACCGUGUAUUAUUACUUAUGAGAUGUUUUACAGAAGUACUGGUUUGCUAAAUGUUGUUUUCAGAAAAUUUGAAAGUAACUACUGUUUGCAGCUCUGGUUUUUCUGAUGAUUUCACAUUUUUGAACACAGUCCACAUUUGCUCUGUUGUUAUUACUUAUACAAGUACAUUAAAUUUUGCUAAACUUUUUUUUAUUGCAAAGUUUUGUUUUAAGGUGAAAUAACAAAAAUAAAACACAAAUUAAGGCUUUAUGCAGUAUUUCCUGGUAUGAAAUCUUGAUAAGCAUGAAAUGCACUGCCAAAUUGUUUGAUAUGUAUAGUAGUUUCCAGUGCUGUUUUAAUCAAGAUUUUUUUAAUUGUUGAUAAACUGUAUCUAAAUGUUACCACCUUACAAAAAUUAUUCUAAUGCAUUUCUUUGUUUUUGGACACUUUCUGUGGUGAGCUGUAGGACACAAAUUUUAAUGUCGCAGGACCGACGAAGAGUUAUCUCUCUUUGCAAGAUAUAGAAUGGAGCAAGGACUAUGAUUGAUUAUUUUACAUUUUGAAAGUAAUACAAUAAAGUCUUUAACAUGGUA